GGGAAAAAACGGUGAGAUUGGAGCGAGGAAAACGGGUCUGCUCGUGUUGUUUUGGACUCCAGGAUGUCUCGCGCUGCACGGUUCCAAUUCAUCUCCGGUUUACCGCACUGAUUUGACGUUUUAAUCCGGUGCGCAACUUUUUUUGCGUGCUUUUACUUUUUUUCCUCGCGCGGAGUGACCGUUCCGUCUCGUGCCUGUUGCGCGCGACUUUAACGCCAAAGCCCUGAACGAUGCCAGCAUGCGCGCGGUAACGUCGCUGCUCCUCCUAGCCGCGCUCGCGCUCCACAGACCGGCCGCGUGCGUGGAGCGCGUGUCGGCGGCGCGCGAGCGCUUCAAGGUGGUCAUCGCGCCGCUCAUCUGCAAGCGCACGUGCGAGCGCAACGGUCAGUGCCGGGACACGUGCGAGCAGGGGGACAACACCACGCUGAUCGGGGAGAACGGACAGACCGCCGACACGCUCACCGGACACGGAUUCAGAGUCGUGGUGUGUCCUCUCACCUGUAUAAAUGGAGGUAUCUGCAGUAAUCGCACACACUGCCUGUGCCCGCCGGGCUUUGCCGGGCGACUGUGCCAGUUUCCCCUCCGCACUCAGGCUUCCCGCGGGAACAAGCAGCCGGUCUACACACUUCAGAUGAUGCCGGACGGCCUUUCGGACUCCAGUGGGACGGUCGGACGCCAUCAGCUCACCCAAACACACUCAGUGUUCACCCUGCCCUUCUCACAGGGGGCUGGACAUCACUCAUCUGAAGUAAAGGUUAACCUUCGGGUCCAUCACGCAUCAGACACGUCAGUCGUCAUUCAGCCGCUCGACCAAUCGGAAGACAAAUUCUCCAAGGUCGUGACCCGCCACCCUCCUCAAAUGCACAAGCCCAGGGGGCGGUGCUUUCAGGAGACCACGCCCAAACAAGCUUGCAGCAGUAACCCUCUGCCCGGCCUGACCAAUCAGGAGGACUGCUGUGGCAGCGUGGGUAAUUCCUGGGGUCAGAACAAAUGCUACAAAUGCCCUAAACUGCCAUAUCCCGGGAAAACUCAGACAAUCAUUGAGGAGUCCGGAUCCACCUGCCCACAGGGGUACAAACGACUAAACCGAACCCACUGCCAAGAUAUUAACGAGUGUACGAUGCAGGGUGUGUGUCAGAACGGCGAGUGUUUGAACACACAGGGAAGUUUUCGCUGUACCUGCAAACCUGGAUACGUCCUGAGGGACAGAACACGCUGCAUCGUACCAGUGGUGGAUAAUGGUCCAUGUUACCGUGUGGUGUCGGACUUUGGCCGCUGUGAACACGCGUUAUCCGCCAACCUCACCCGAGAAUAUUGCUGCUGCACAGUGGGCAAAGCCUGGGGCGCCAACUGUGAAAGGUGCCCACAAGAUGGCACAGCUUCCUUCAAUAAGAUCUGUCCUGCAGGGAAGGGAAUGUCGUACCUCCAGUAUCGGGGCACUCUGUACCUCAAAACCAGUAUAGAGCACAGUCAUGAGAUCAGGCUGCUGGAUGCGCCCAAUCAGGUGACCACGCCCACGCAGCAUGCAGCAACCAGCGUACGCGUCCCAGUCCUUGUUCCCAGGCCGACGACGCGCCCCAUAAUCCACAUUCCUCCAGAGAGGGAGCCGCUAGAGGAGGCGCAGACGCAGGUCUCACAGAUAGACGAGUGUAGACUCAACAGGAACAUCUGCGGUCCUGGAGAGUGUGUAAACACACCUAACGGCUUCACAUGCAACUGCGAGGCCGGCUACCGCCCUCACGCCCAGCGAGAGAGCUGCGUGGAUGAGAACGAAUGCGACUGGGAGCCGUGCGGUCAGAACCGAGGUUCCUGCAUCAACACCGUCGGCUCCUACCUCUGCAACUGUCGCCCCGGGAACAGACUGGUCGCGCAUCAUGGGAAACGCCGCUGCGUGGAUAUAAACGAGUGCUCGAAGCCGGAUAUCUGUGGCACCGGGGGGCACUGUGUGAACCUGCCCGGCUUGUAUAGGUGUGAAUGUAAACCAGGCUUCAGGAUUAAAUCACGCAGACUGCUAGUUUGUGAAGAUAUAAACGAGUGUUUGAACCCGAGUUCAUGUCCUGAUGGUCAGUGUGAGAACACUGUCGGAUCAUACGAGUGUUUACCCUGCCAACCUGGACACCAAGCACAAGGAGGAGUGUGUUAUGAUGUGAACGAGUGUCAGAAGAGAGGAGUGUGUAUGAACGGCCGGUGUGAGAACCUACCCGGGACGUACCGGUGCCUGUGUAACGAGGGCUUCCUGCCCGAGGCCGACAGCAAGGGCUGCAGAGAUAUUAACGAGUGCCAGGACAAUCGUCUGUGCGCAAACGGUCACUGCAUAAACACAGAGGGCUCCUUCCAGUGCCAGUGCUACCCGGGGUACCAGCCCACCCAGGAGGGCAGCCACUGUGAGGAUAUUAACGAGUGUGAGCGGGUGUCGAACUGCCAGUUGGGGCUCUGCAUCAACACCAUGGGUUCCUACCGCUGCGAGUGCCAGAAAGGAUACAUGCUUGUUAACGGGCGCAGAUGCCAAGACAUAGACGAAUGUGAGGUGGACAGGAGUCUGUGCCAGCCGUACGGAGUGUGUAAGAACACACACGACGGAUAUGUGUGUGUGUGCAGCGAGGGCUUCAGUCUGUCUAAGGACAAUCACAGCUGUGAAGAAGUGCUGGAGGAUCUGAACAAUAAGAAGGAGUGUUACCUGAACCUGGACGACACGGUGUUCUGCGACAGCGUUCUUGCCACCAACGUGACCAAGCAGGAGUGCUGCUGCUCCGUGGGGGUGGGCUGGGGGGAUCACUGUGAGAUUUACCCCUGCCCUGUUUAUCACUCAGCGGAGUACCACUCACUGUGCCCACUGGGACGAGGCUUUUACCACGAGGAAGGAAUAACAGAGUACGGCUUGGCUCUACACCGAGACAUCGACGAGUGUGUGUUGUUUGCUAACGAGAUCUGUAAAGAGGGACGAUGCAUGAACACACAGCCUGGGUUCGAGUGUUACUGCCAGCAGGGUUUCUACUACGACAGCAACCUCCUCGAGUGUAUAGACGUGGACGAGUGUCACGACGAGUCUCUGUGUACGAACGGUCACUGUGUGAACACUCGCGGCUCCUUCUACUGCACCUGUAACGCCCCCUGGACUCCAGACCACACCAACAAGAAGUGCGUCCUCCCGACAGACGUGGGUAUAAAUGAAUGUCAGAAUCCAUUGAACUGUAAGAAUGGACACUGUGUGGACACUCAGGACUCGUACUACUGCAUCUGUACCCCACCCUGGAUCCUGGCGUCUGACCGCAACAGCUGCGUUACACCCGAGGAGCAGGCCGUAAUGUCUGUGGUGACCAUUUCAGAUGUGAAUGAGUGUCUGGAUCCAUCCUACUGCAAAAACGGGAGGUGUGUCAACACUCCCGGCUCCUUCCACUGCAUCUGCGCUCAGCCGCUCACCUUCAGCGCGGCCCUCAAGCAGUGCGUCUACGACGACCGGACGGCCGCCCAUAAGGACGUGUGUUUUCAGGAGGUGGACGAGGAUCUGAUCUGCACCAUGCCCCGGAGCGGCCUGGCCGUCACCUACUCCGAGUGCUGCUGCCAUUACGGUCACGGCUGGGGCCCCGAGUGCCGCACCUGCCCGCGGAGGAACUCGGUGAUCUUCAACAUGCUGUGUGAGAUGCAUCUAGAGACGGAGUCGGACGGAGAUGGAGACUUCGUAGCACCGUUCAGUUAUAACCCAGAGAGGGACAGUUCGGAGGAGGACUCGGACGAGUGCAGCUGCGCUAACGGGCGCUGCGUCCGUUCCUACCUGGGCACCAUGUGUGAGUGUAACCCGGGCUUCAGGCUGGACCAUUCACGAACACGAUGUGUAGAUAUAGACGAGUGUACGGAGAGGACCGGACGCUUGAACCCGUGUAAGAACGCUCGCUGUGUGAACACCGCCGGCUCCUUCAAGUGCAUCUGCAAGAACGGCCUCUGUGCCCACAGGCACAGCAGUCGAGUGACGAUCACACACAGGAACAAUAGUUAAACACACACACACACACACACGUGCAUAUAAAACGUUACCUUUAUUCUCGUCCAAUCUUUUAUACUCUUCUGGCUUUUUAUUGGUUUAUUUUUCUCACCUCUGAUUCGUUUUUCUACACGUUUGAAGAAUCGCGGUUCUCUUUGUGUUCUUGUGUUUGGUUGUAGUUUGUGUGUUUAUUUUCCUCUCCCCUCUAUUUGCACAAGUUUGAUCCUGGUCUCGGCGGAUCUAAAUGAGAAUGACCUGACGUGUUGCGAUACGGUCAGAUCCAGAAUUGUUGGCAUUCUUGGUAAUGAUGGUCAAAACGCUACACGAAUAAAAAAUGUUAAAUUGCUAAACACAAACUUUACAUUUUAAAUUUCACAGCAAAUUGCUUAUUACACAGGAAAAGGCUCACGUCACGGUCCUAUAAAUUAGACAGGACCUUAAUUAUAGGAGAAGACUCGGUGCUGUUUGUUAGGCAAACUAAGGUUUCACACAGGUCUAAAUGCAGCGGCGCGAAUAACCAACAAUAUUUUGUUCAAAUAUUAGUUGGAAUUAUUGAUCUAAUCUAAAGAGUUUUCUUUCACUCAGCUUUGCCAAGGGUGCCAACAAACCUGGUGCUGACUGCAUGUUAGAUUCACUAUAUGGCCAAAAGUAUUUGGACACCUGAACAUGAUCUUGCCGGACGUCCCGUUUCAUAAACAAAGCAAGCAAAGCCGCAGUUCUGGGUAUUUGUAUGGCUGGGUACUGAUGUGCCAGUUCAGUUCAAAGCUCACUGGGGCAGAGGUCAGGUCCGCUGAGCUUUUCUUCAUGUCAUUAUAGAGCUUUCUUAUGCUGGAACAAGAAAGGGCCUUCCCUAAACUGUUGCAGCAAAGUUAGAAGCAUAUAAUUACCUUUAUAUAACUGAUUUAUUACUCCUGAUAGCAAUUGUCAUGGCUGAAAAACAUGAAUUUAAUUAUAAGAAGGUGUGUCCCAAUACUUUUGUCCAUUAAUUUAGUGUACAUUGUGGAUGUAAUGAGUGACUGUAAUGGUUUAAUAUUUUUUUAAUGAAGUGCAGACAUGUUUGCACUAAGCACAAAUAGUAGAACCUUUUUUUUUUUUGGGGGUAAAUUCUACAUACAGUUAAAAUCAAACGUUUACAACGUUCCCUCAUGAGUUACGUCAUGCUGUGUGGUUUCCAUUAUUUUGUCCACCUUUAACGUCUUGCUUUUCUGCUUCUGUGUAAAGACUUGGAGAGCUCUGAGUUGGUUGUAAUACACCUCUUGCACACGGAGAUCUAAAGUAUCAGUGGUUGUAGCAUCGGGACUCCAACCGUAUCUAAGAAGAUUUCUCCUGUGGUAAACAGCAGUAAAGAAUCAGGCCAUGUAUAUUCGUGAUAUGAUUUCCAAAGAACUGAUCCUCGGGUUCUACUACAAGCAGGAAAAGUUCUUAACUAUUUGCCAAUCACAAUAAUCAUUGAGAAAGAAAUAAAGCUAAUGCUAGCUUUACACUGAGCUAACCAAUAAUGUAUUGUAGUAAAACCUCUGGUAAAACAUCUGGUCUUUCCUGAGUGCUCAUGUAAAGAUGUUUUGUACUACAGAGAAAUGAAAACAAUUAAAUA